UUUGGGUUAUACAUUGAAAAAUUAAUAAUUUUCUAUUUGAAAUUUAUUGUUUUUGCUCCACAGUUAAAGGAUAAUUAUUGUCUUAUCAAUAAUUUACUAGCGUAGUUCAUUUUGAAUGAAUUUUCCUGAUAUUCAAAUACCCGAGUUUGUUAGCAGUUAUUUGAAUGAAAAAUUAAUUCACAGAAGCCUACUAGAACAAAAGAAUCGUUCGAAAUCCAUAGUUGAUAGUAGUUGGUCGUGAUUGUUUAAAAAUCCGAACAUUUCAAAGUGAUUGGCAGGGUGGCUGGUACGGUCAAAUUUGUAAUUGGCCCGGUUUUCCCGCGCAAAUCGUUUCGGUGUGCGUCGAUAAGCUGACGGUGCAUCGACCGAAAGCGUGCUCGACAGGGAGUGGUAGCCGUCGCCAUCUUCGGCCAAUCGGUAUUCCGUUUAGCCACCAAUACGGAUAUAAGUGUAGUGCGUCUCGGCCAUUGGUCUCCGAUUUGACUGAAUUUCUCGACCAAUCAUUUGGGAAAGUGCACAGGGAAUUAUCCAAUUGAUAAUCCAACAUGGAACAAAUAGGCACCACAGCAGACGGCCAAGUCGUAAUGGGCGUCUCGCCGCAACAAGUACAAGUAAUGCAAAUGAACGCUGGACAAGUAAUUCAAGGCGCCAACGGACAACAAAUCAUGGUCCAUGCGGUGCCUUCCGGAGGACAUCAGAUACAAGUGGCCAACGGAGCUCAAGGAUUGCAACAAAUACAAGUAUUACCGGUUGGUAGUCUGCAACAAGGCCAAGUUUUGGUACAACCUACACAGCAAAUUGUGCAGACAAUUGACGGACAAACUUUUAUAUAUCAACCUAGUAUGAUUGAGGGAGGAAAUUUACAACAAGCACCAACAGUGCUGAACAUCAAUGGUAACCUAGUACAGAUAUCCAACGCUCAACAAGCAACAACAGCCCAGAAUGCAACUCAAGCCACUACAGUAGUGCAACAGGCCCCCAGCGGUCUAGCUAUGGCUAACGGCAAUUUAGUCAUGGUGAGAAAUCAAUCUGACAUGGUUCCUAGUACAAGUGGCACCCAAUUCCAAAGAGUCCAAAUACCAACUCAAGAGCUGCUCGAGGAAGAACCGUUGUACGUAAACGCUAAACAAUAUAAAAGAAUUUUGAAGCGAAGGCAAGCCAGAGCAAAAUUAGAGGCAGAAGGUAAAAUUCCAAAAGAAAGACCAAAAUAUCUUCAUGAAUCAAGGCAUAGGCACGCUAUGAAUAGGAUUAGAGGCGAAGGAGGCAGAUUCCAUUCUGGAUCUGUAAAAAAACGAAGGGAAGAAAUGGAAAGAGCUCGACGUGAGCAGCAACAAAAUCAACAAGUCCAAGUCACUCAACAAGUACAGAUGCAACAGCCUCAAGAAAUACAACGAAUAAAUGUGUCUUAUGCUAACAUCCAAAUGAACAGUCCAAUAAUAUUAGAGAGUUUACCAGACAUGAUCAAACCCGAACCAAUGGCCAUCAUAGACCCCAAAAAGGAAAUCACCUUUUAAUGAUAAAUUUGUUACAUUUUUAUUUUUGUUGAUACUAUUUAUUUGUAUUAUUUGUAUAUAUGUUCAUUGUUCAUUCACUGAAAGUAUUAUUGAUGCACUAAAGAUUCUGUGAAUCCGAAUAAUAGAGUGCUGAUCAGAACAUCUUCGUAGAAAAAGUUUAGGAUUGUAGCUGCUAUUAAUUUGUGCUACAAUGUUAUAAUUGUAUUUUUUCUACAUGUAAAUAUGAUCUUUCUUUGUCUAUAAUUUAACUUGGCAAGUUAAAAAAAGAAGGAUGUAACUUAUUCUCUUAUUGAAUAUACAGAGGGUGCAUUAUUUGUGUGGAAUAAAAGACACCUUUAUUUGAAUUGCACAUUUGGUUUAAAUUUAUUUGCAACUUGAAUUAUUGAAAUUCACUCACGCACAUCAAAAGUUAGAUUUGAGUUGCUAGAUAUUUCCUAUUGUCUGGCAAUGUCAAGCAACAAGAGAACUUAUUGUUGGCCAGUGCACAAUUUUGACUGAAUUUCUUGUCUUUUGUUCUAAGUUACAUCCUGAAAGUGGACUAAGUUACAUUUUUAUAUCAUAUUUGUAUAUAAUCCUGUGGUUAAUAAACCAGCAACAUUUGUGCAAGUAAUUAUUUUAACAAUUAUUUUACCUAUACCUAAUAAUUAUUAUUGUGAUAGAUUGUUUUUAUAGUUUUAACGGUUAGUUGUAGAGGGGAUUUUUUUUAUUACAAAAAUGGUUUAGAAUUAUUUUUAUUUUAUAAAUUGUAUAUGCUCAACAAGCCAAAAACCAAAUCUUUGCAAUUUUAUUGGGAACACUUUCUCGUAUUGUUUAAAAAUUCUACAUCAAAAGUGACUGAUUUAUGUAUUUAAUUGUUGUGACUAGAGUUUUUUUUUUGAGGGGAAAACAUUGACAAGUGUAUUUGAAUUUGUACAAUAUACGUAAUAAAACAUUUUAUUAACUGGGUGUUUAUUUGUAAAGUUACAACCCCAUUAUAAGCAAAUAAACACUCUCUCAGUGCCUUAAUUUUGCAUUUUUAGGCAAUUCAAAUAUCAACGCACUACAGGAAAACUUUAAUUUAAUAAUUGCAAAUUCAAAUCAUUUUGUCAAUGAUUUUUGCUUGUAUUUUUUCUAAAACUGAAAAUAAAAAUACAUCAAAAACAA